ACUCUACAACUGAUAAAAUGUUUCGCUUCCCAGCGCCGACUCAAUCCACACAACAAGUGCGUCCACACGGCUGCGCAGGGCAGAGCUGACUUUAUGACUUAGCUGAAGUUUAUUUCACGAGCAACAUCGUUUCCUCUGGUCUGGAUAGCACUCGCUAACUUCGAAGGACUUUCCUGAGUGGGUUUUCCCCACGAAGUUGGUUUUCUGAGGACGUAUUACGGUGACAUCUCGUCGGCCUCGUCAGAGAUAACGGGAAACACCGACACCUGACCUUCAACAGAUUCCGCCUGGAUCUCUAAAUCCGCCGUUCAUUGCACCGUUAAGUGGCCUCGUUAAGUGCCGUUCCUUAGGAAUUCGGGACAUGGCCGCCUUAGCAGGGGGCAUUCCCAGGAUGGUGCGCCCCACGCCACCCCAAAACUACCCGAGAGGGGGCUAUUCGCUCGAAGUUUCCACACCUUUAGGCCAGGGUCGAGUAAACCAGCUCGGCGGUGUGUUCAUUAACGGACGCCCGCUGCCCAACCACAUCCGCCAUAAGAUCGUAGAAAUGGCUCAUCACGGGAUCCGGCCGUGCGUCAUCUCGCGCCAGCUGCGCGUGUCACACGGCUGCGUGUCCAAAAUCCUGUGCAGGUAUCAGGAGACGGGAUCCAUCCGGCCUGGCGCGAUCGGAGGUAGCAAGCCGAAGCAGAACACCAGUCCCGACGUGGACAAGAAAAUCGAGGAGUACAAGAGAGAGAACCCGGGCAUGUUCAGCUGGGAGAUCCGAGACAAGCUGCUGAAAGACGGCAUCUGCGACAGAAACAACGUGCCCUCAGUCAGCUCGAUCAGUCGCACACUGCGCUGUAAGUUUGGCGGAAAUGGGGAGGAUGAGGAGGACGAUGAUGAAGUCGAAAAGAGGGAGCUGGAGGAAAACGAGAGACGCGCGAAACACAGCAUCGAUGGCAUUCUGGGAGACAGAUCGAGUCAUUCAGAUGAGGGCUCAGAUGUAGACUCAGAGCCAGGUCUGCCCCUUAAGAGAAAACAGCGUCGCAGUCGCACGACAUUCACUGCAGAGCAGCUUGAGGAGCUGGAGCGAGCUUUUGAGCGCACACACUACCCCGACAUCUACACACGCGAGGAGCUCGCCCAAAGAGCCAAACUUACUGAGGCGAGAGUACAGGUGUGGUUUAGCAACAGACGGGCUCGCUGGAGGAAGCAGGCAGGAGCCAAUCAGCUGAUGGCAUUCAAUCACCUGAUUCCUGGAGGAUUCCCACCAUCGGCCAUGUCAAGUCUACAGCCUUACCAGCUUCCAGAAAGUCCUUACUCUGCUUCCUCCAUCCCACAAGCAAUGUCAGAACAGGCCAGCACAGUGCACAGGCCCCAGCCUCUUCCACCGACUUCAGUGCACCAGAGCGGUCUGGCCACCGCCCCGGGAGCCCAAGACGCUACUUCAGCCUACUGUCUCUCUUCAGGCCGUCAUGGCUUCUCAGGCUACUCAGACAGCUUUGUGCCUGCACCGAGCCACUCUAACCCGGUCAACCCUGCUAUCAGCAACGGCCUCUCAACACAGGUGAUGGGACUGUUGAACCCGGGAGGCGUGCCUCACCAGCCGCAGGGAGACUUCUCUCUCUCUCCUCUCACUGGUCCUCUGGAGCCCAGUGCGGGCAUGGCUGCCAGCUGCCACUCAUCACAGAGACUGGAGUCUCUGUCUGGACUGGCCAGCAUGCCUUCUCUGCCCAGCUCACAGUCUUACUGCCCACCCAGCUACAGCUCGCCAGCCUACAGCGUUGACCACAUGGCACCAUACCAGUACAGCCAGUAUGGGCAAAGUAAGGUGCCUUUCAUUAUCUGAAGCCCAACAUCAGCUGAGCAGGAAGAAGUGAGCAGGAGAAAAGAGGGAAAGUUCCGGACGCUCUGAGAGAAACCACCUGCUCUUCAGCUCUUCUCCUUGACCUCCGACAUCCACUUCCAGAUCCAUGCCUACCCACAAUCCCCCCCUGGCAUCAGGACAGUUCCGAUCCAGCCGCACCACCCACCCAUGCUGGGUUGGUUCUCAUUCUGAGUGAUUCAGGUUUAGUGUGGAUAAUAAGGACCAAAGGCCCUCUGUGGUUAGUGCUCCAUUCCAUGUCUUCAAACGUCUCCCAGCACAAAGCUUACACGACCAUUCCAAAGAACGCCAUGUAAACAGUGAGGGAGACCGGGAGGUGGACAAGGAGUUUAAAAAAUUUGAGAAAUGAAAUUAAAGACUGUUAAAGACUGGAUAUUUAACCUGAAAUGACCAGCAGGGAAAUGUGUAGGGUCAGGCAGUUGAAAUGCCUUGAUCUUUUAGGCAAAACUUGUAACUUCACAUUACGUCAUCUUGAGAGCUUGUUGUCUGACUCGUGAUGUGUUUCGGGAAAUAAGGGCUCCUUUUUAUAUGGGGGGUGUAUCAUCUUCUAUUGGCUUCAUCAACAUUAUUUACAAGUGUGUGUGAGAGAGAGAGAGAAAUGGAAAGAGUGAUCUGGCUCCUAUGCCCUCAAGUGUCUGAUGGAAUUUUACUUAUGUCAGGAACAUCAGUGAAAGAAAGAUGUGUCACGCUCACCCAUGCAAUUACAGUAUAGUUAAAAAUAGACACUGAUACCUAAAAGCAACUAAAAUUCCAUUGUGCGAAGACAUAUUAAAAUAUUGCCAUAGGAGAAAGUAGGUGAGAGACGGAUAUAGUGUAUGAGAGAAAGAAAAGACUAAAGUAGCACAAACUGAAAUCCAAAGAAAGUGCAAUAUACACAAUUUAUACCUCAUACACCAAUCUCUUGAUUUAAUAAUUCACAUGUAGUUUGUGAAGGAGCAAUAGGGAGAACUUCCUAAUGAACAUUUUGAAACACUACAAAAAAAAUAGCACUCAGAAACAGUAGUUGUGGACCCUGAACUGGAAAAAUGUCUUUCCAUUCGACAGGACUCAGGUCUGCUAAAUCUUACUCUCCUAACACUUUUCAGAUUCCACAACCUGCCACAGUGUUCUGUAAUGUCUUUUAAAUGAUCAACACAUUCCUGCCAAUAUUAAGAUAUUUUAAUCUUAAAAUGUAAGGAAUAAUAAAACUGAGGCAAAAUAGUGGCAUAAAAGAGACUUUAUUUAAAAUGGGGACAGGUUGUAUGAUCAGGACCAAGUGAGAAAAUCUCAACUGAUAAGCAAAAUGCAGAAAAAGGUGUGUAUUGCUGCUUUAAAUAACAAUAAUCCUUCUUAUAUUUUAUAUUAGCUAAUUGGGGUAAACGAAACAAGACAAGACAGUUAAUUUGUUGUCUUACAUCAGACAUAUAAAUAUAAAUUUUCCCAUUUCUAAGUUGACCCAUCUUUACAUUACUGUCAAAGUGAGAAAAAAGUACUUUGUGCCUAUAACACAACGUCACCUGUUUUAAGUCUUAAAUUCCAUGCCGAAGGUUAUUUUUUACAUCUGCUUUUUAUACUUAUAUGAUUUUUUUUUCUUUACGACUGCAUUCAAUUGUUGUUGCAAAAUGUCUUGUGUUAAAUGCAGCACUAUUUACUAUUUAUAAGAAAAAAUAAAAAACUAAAAAAACA